AAUCUUACACUCUCGAGAUACUGGGGCAUCCAAAAUCAAAAUUACAGUUUUACCCCGAUAGCUUUUACCUUUCAUCUUUUCUACAGUAAUUUAACGGAAUCAUUCCCUCUUCUCCGAGAAUCUGCCAAAUCCCAGGAGGACGCAACUCUUUAAUCUCUCUUUUCCACCAAAAUUUUUCAGAAACACACAACUCUACCGACAGAAAUUCGUAAGGAUGGCCGAAAUGAAUUCAUUUUCAUUCUCUGAUUUCCCCGAAGACAUUCAACUAAUUGUUUUAUCGUUUCUUACCCCAAGAGAAAUCGCAAACUUCGCUUGCACAUCGAAAAGGUUUGUUUCGCUGUGUAAAAGCGAUGGCAAGCUCUGGUAUACCAUUUGCGAUAGGAGAUGGGGCUCUAAAACUCAAAUCAAGAAAUGGGGGGAUGGCAAGAUCUCCUACAAGCUUCUCUACAAAACUCUCAGUGAAUGGGAGAAUCUCAUCGGUUUCUGGCGCAGAAGUGGUCAACCUAUGAUCAAUUUUUCAUCCCCGCCGUUAAUUUUCUUCGAGUGGGGCCCAUCGUAUCUCGCUGGCUCUAGGGUGUCGCCCUCGCAAAAUGGUACGUACAAUGUCUCAAAGUCUCCGUUUUUACGGAUGAGUUUGAGUUCCGAUGGUGAAAUCGUAAACUUUCUCCAGCUUAAUGGAGAAAUUAAAUUACGGGAUGAUUUUGUAAAAUGUUGUCAGUUGGGGUAUAUUGAGGAUUUGGUUUCAGUUAACGUUAAUUUUGUGGGGAGUUCUCAUAUUCUGGUUGAGGAAAAUUAUGCUAAUUAUUAUCGAGAACUUGGGAAGCCCGUGUUUGGGAGGAGUCCUAGCCUGAUGGAUUUGAAUUCUAGAGGAGACAAUAGUGAGGGCAGCAGUUCUGGGGAAUUGUCGGUAACGGAAAUGUAUAUGCAAUUCGCCAAUAGGAUAUCUCCAUUUGGGGAUAGAGCGUGGAGGAGACAGAGGAGGAAGGAGAAGGAGAGACUGGGGAAGAGACGGUGGGAGCCCGAGCAUUUUGUAAAGAUUGUGGAUUGCUCACCCACGCCAUCUCGGCCUUUGCAGGGAUUAUGGAAGGGAAUAUGUGAUGACAUUAACUUGGAUUUUUAUCUUGUGGCCUAUGAUAUUGGGGGUAUCAUCUGCCGAAGGGUUGGUGAUUUGUCCUCCUGCUCCGCUGCCCCUGUGUUCUGGACAUCAAACGCUACAUUAAUUGAGUCUCCAUUUUCAGUGGAGGAAGAAUAUAUUUAUGAUAGUCGCAUACACCAUCAUUCACCUGCAGAGGCAAAUCACACACAUUGCCAAAGUCCCUCAUCCAUGGUCUCUCACAUCAUGCACAUAAACUCGAGUUAUGAUCUAGUCAUUCGAGAUUCAGCAGGGUCUUUUGCAAAUCCUCGACAAGGGGAGGGAAGGAUCUGGCAGUACCAUAAUGGGACAUUUGGAUUUGGGUUUCUCUGGGACAACUUUAUCAUAGACCUCAAACAUAUGGUUCUUGAUGGUUGUCUUCUUGAUGCAGUGGAGGUUUGAUGUGGCCAUAUACAUGUUUAGGUUCUUUUGUAUACAAAAUGGAUUUGUUUCUGGAUGUUAUUUGUUGACUGUACUGUAUACCAUACUUUGUUGCAGAAAUAAAUGAUGUAAUGUUUAUGAUAAACAAA